GAGGUGGUGUGGGGGCCGCCGCGGCCUGAUCAACGGGGCCACCAGGCACGACGAGCCGGAAUUAACAGUGGAAUUAGACCAUAUCUCAAAAUGUUAUUGAACACUCCCCCAGAGAAGGGAAACUGGUGCAUGCGAGAUUUGCCUUUCCCAUCCAUAGAAAGUUUGAGAUGAGUACUGACAGAGGCACUGUAUAAUGGAGGACCCACCACAGUAUGAGCCGGGAACUGGUAACUCAGGGAGCUGAAGGCCGCGUGUAUGCGACAGAAUGGCUUGGACGUUCAGUCAUUGUAAAACACCGAUUUCCCAAACAGUAUCGCCAUCCAGACUUGGAUGGUUACAUAACCCGUGAGCGGAUAAAAGCAGAAGCCCGUGCCUUGACAAGGUGCCGUAGUUUUGGCAUUAAAACACCUGCUGUGUAUGAUGUUGAUUUUGACAAAAGUGAAAUUGUUCUUGAGAAAAUUAUUGAUGGCUUAACAAUAAGAAAUUAUAUAUAUGAAGCUGUGAAAAAUAAGCUUAAAAUGGAUAGUCCAAAUAUGAUGAACAUGGCAGAAAGAAUCGGUAAAGUCAUUGUUAAAAUGCAUAUGAAUAAUGUUAUCCAUGGAGAUUUGACAACUUCAAAUAUGUUAUUGGUUCCUCCUUAUGACCUAUCAGACAUAAUUCUUAUUGACUUUGGACUUAGCUCCGUUGAUGAACGGGCAGAAGACAAGGCAGUUGAUCUCUAUGUUUUAGAGCGAGCCAUUUUGAGCACUCAUCCCAACACUGAAACAUUUGUUGCUCAUUUAUUAGCCACCUAUGAAAAAAUAGGAGGUACUGCUACUAGAGAUGUGAUAAAGCGUUUGAAUGAAGUUCGGCUUCGUGGAAGGAAGAAAUUGUGCUUUGGAUGAUUGAGUAUUUUCAGUAUCCAACUGUUACAGAAGAUUGUAAACAAAAAAUUCAAGAUGUUUGGUUGGGUAAUAGUGUUGCUGUACUGCAUAUCAUUGAGCUUAGAUCUUGAUAGAGUACAAUAUUUUUAUGUAAACUGACUAGCAUUCUGUAUGUCAUUAGGAUUGCAUACAAUUAAAACUGUCAAUCAA